AUGGGCUCUGAGCCCUCGAGCUGGCCCUGCCAUGUGGACGCGAUCCCACGCAUCUCCACGCCGAAGUCCCUGGGCUCUGGGACGGCGAUGUUGCUGAACAGCGAGGCUCUGGCCGUCGGCGGCCCGAGCCCCGGUGCGGUGGAGUGGCUCCACCACCAAGGCUGCUUCAACUACGCAGCCCCCACGGAGCAAGUGGAAGCCUUGGUGGAGCAGGCGUUCCGGAUCUGCCGCUACGACGCCCACUGCGCCACCAGGGAGCUGCAGAAGGAAAGCGACGGAGCUGGCGUGAAGGCCUUGCGGCAGCGGGCUGAGGUUGAGGAGCUCCUGGGCUGGUGGUGCCGCCGUGCUUGGGAGGACCGCAGGACCAAGGAAGCGGCCGAGGCCGUGAAAAAAGGUGGCGAGAAGCUGGAAAGAGCUCAGGCGCUAUCCUCCUUCUGCCGUUUUCAGACCACGGCCAGGAAGGCGGCACGCCAAGCGUGUCAAGUUUCGGGGGGUCAGCAGGACUUGCUCCGGGACUGGCAGCGCUGCCGCCAGAGCCGGGCGAGGCCCAAAGAGACCGCGAGACGCCUUCACGAAGGAGACAGGGCUCUGGACCCCUUUGGGACACUGGCCCGCGAAGACUGCUGUGGGGAUCCACGCCAUGGCGUCGCAGCAGAUGAGGCCGUGCGAUGGCUGCUGGAGACAGCCGAGGUGACGGUGCGCCGCCUCCUCCUGACUGGGCAGCCAGGCGCCAAGUGGACUCGGCCGCAGCUUUGGCGUGCCGUUCGGCAUCUCACAGAGGGGACUGGGCUGCCCGUACCCUACGAUGUGAUCCUCUGGAACGUCUUUCGUGGAGACGAGGGAGCCCUCCGCUCUAUGAAGGAGUCCAACCUCAUUGCCAUCAACCCGAGGAAGAGCGAAAGCUCUUGGACGUUGCGCUACGAUGUGGAAGCCGGCUCGCCACUUUACGCUGAGGUCUUUCGACGGCUGGUCCAGAACGAGGGUCUGGCUGCUGUCCUUGAUCUCGAGGUUGCGAAGGAGGAUGUCGCUCGCGAGCAGAAGAGCAUGGAUGCCUACGAGGCGGAGCUGGUGAAGAUUGAAGAGAUCCUCGACGCUCGUCGAGACUGGUGGUGGCUUCGGCCGAGCACGGAUUCAAAGCUGGAGAAGAGGCGCGAGCAGCUUGUGGAUCUCAUCAUGGAGCAGCACAAGAAGCUCGAGAAGUAUCACAAAGCGCGCCGGAAGGCCAUGUCCAUCCUCGGCCAACAUGCUGAUCGCUUCCGAGAGCAAGCCAAAAAGAGACCCUGA